UUGACUUCAAUUCCUUCGAUGGAGUUUGCAUCUUCAUCCUUCUUAACAUCAGAACCCCAUUUCAUACACGAUGUGUUCAUCAACUUUGGUGGAGAAGACAUCGGUAGAAGAUUUGUUUCUCAUCUACACUCUGUCCUUUUACAAAAUCAAGUCAAAACUUUUAUUAGCCAGGAGAAUCUGCAUGAGGGAAUGAAGCUGGAAGAGCACAUGAGGGCAAUAGGGCACACUAAGAUUACAAUAAUCGUUUUCUCCAAAUCAUACGCUGAAUCUAUCUGGUGUCUUCUUGAGCUUGAAAAAAUCAUUGAAUGCGACGAAACAUUUGGCCAAAUAGUUCUACCCUUAUUUUACGAGAUUGACCCAUCGGAUGUACGUCAUCAGAAGGAUGAUUUUGGAAAAGCUUUGGAAGAAGCUGCACACAAAAGUUAUUCAGGAGAACAACUGGAACAUGCGUUGUCCAAGUGGAGCCGUGCACUCACCACAGCUGCACGAAUCACCGGUUGGGAUUUCAGAAAUUUCAGACAUGAUGCUGAACUUGUGGAGCGAAUUGUUAGCCACGUUAAGACAUUACUGGACUAUAAAGACUUGUCUAUUACCCAAUAUCCUGUUGGAUUAGAGUCCCAGGUGGAAGACGUGAUUAAAUGUAUUGAAAAUGAAUCCAGCAAAGUGUGUAUGAUAGGAAUAUGGGGAAUGGGAGGAUCAGGUAGAACAACCCUAGCCAAAGCCAUCUACAAUCGAAUUUAUCGUGAAUUCAUUGGUAAGAGUUUUAUUGAGAAUAUUGGUGAAGUUUGGGAUUCAAAAAUUGAAAGGUAUGUUGCUUUGCAAGAAAAUCUUCUUUCUGAUGUCCUAAAAUCCAAGUUGGAGGUGAAAAGCGUUGGGAUAAGAAGAACUAUGAUCCAGAAUGGAAUUUCUCGGAAAAAGUUGCUCAUUGUACUUGAUGAUGUCAAUGAAAUUGGCCAAUUAAAAAGCCUAUGUGGGAGUCGUGAAUGGUUCGGUCAAGGAACUGUGAUAAUCCUUACUACUAGAGAUAAACACUUGCUGAACCAACACUUAGUUGAUUAUGUUUAUCAAAUGGAUCGUUUGAACGAAAAUGAGUCACUUGAGCUUUUUAGUUGGCAUGCAUUUAGAGAUGCAAUACCAAAAAAAGAAUGGAGUGAACUUGCAAGAAACGUCAUUGUUUAUUGUAGAGGACUACCACUAGCUCUUCAGUUCCUUGGUUCUUAUUUAUGUGAUAAGACAAUAGAAGUGUGGGAAAGUGUAUUGAGAGAAUUACAAAGAAAUCCCCCGAAUGAACUUCUGAACUUAUUAAAUAUGAGUUUUGACGGUUUACGUGAUACUGAAAAGGAUAUAUUUCUUGAUGUAUGUUGUUUCUUUAAAGGCAAAGAAAAAGACUAUGUGACAGAGAUAUUAAAUGGGUGUGGACUACAUGCUGAUAUUGGAAUAACACUUCUCAUAGAUCGUGGCCUCAUAAAAGUUGAAAGGAACAACAAACUUGAACUGCACCCUUUGUUACGAGACAUGGGAAGACAAAUUAUUCAUCAAGAAUGCUCAAAGGAACCGGGGAAAAGAAGUCGAUUGUGGUUGCAGGAUGACGUAAAAGAUGUAUUGAACGAGAAUACUGGGACAGAAGCUAUCCAGGGAUUGUCCUUGAAACUGCAUUCAAGAAGAAGAGAUGGCUUUGAAGCUCAUGCUUUCAAGAAAAUGAAGAGACUAAGAUUGCUACAACUUGAUCAUGUACAACUUAGUGGAGAUUUUGGGAACAUUUCUGAAGAACUGAGAUGGAUUUGUUGGCGAGGGUUUCCAUAUGAACACAUUCCAAGCAACUUUCAUUUGCAAAAUGCAAUUGCAAUAGAUUUAAAGCACAGUCAUCUUCAACUCCUCUGGAAACAACCCCCAGGUUUUAGAGCGGUUAAAAUUCCUUAA